AUGCAUCCUACGCUUACCUCUACCAUUGCCCCUCCCACGACACCGCGCUCCUCGCCGAUCGGCGACUCCACGGCGACCUCCCCAAAUCCCUCCAAACCUAACCCUAGCCUCCAUAUCGACCCUCGCCUCGCUGGUCCGCGCCGCACUCCACCCCGCCGUCAGAUUUCGGCGACGUUGCCUCACCGCGGCGGCGACGAGCUCAAGCUACUUUACCUCCUCCACCGCCUGAAGAUCGAAUCCAAUGGGCGCCUCAUCACCCUCCUCGGCAACCACGAGAUCAUGAACAUCGAGGGCGACUUCCGCUACGUCACCCCUGAAGCCCUUACCGAGUUUGAGAACUGGGGCUUUUGGUUUAAAAAUGGAAUCUUUAUGAAAAAACUCUGCCCUGAGAUUGAAAACCCUGAAAACCCUUUCGCGGGGGUCCCCAAAUCGUUCCCGGGGGUAAAAAGGGAGUAUUGGGAAGGGAUUAGGGCGAGAAUCGCAGCAUUGCGGCCGAAUGGCCCAAUAUCAUCUCGAUUCCUCGCGGAUAAUCAAUCGGUGAUUAUAAUCGGCGAUACUCUAUUUGUUCAUGGAGGUAUCAUUGGUGAACAUGUCAAAUAUGGGUUAGAUAGAAUCAAUGGUGAAGUUAGGGAUUGGAUUAAGGGUUUGAGAGGGAGAUUCUCGCCGAGUUAUAUGAGGGGGAGGGACUCGGUUGUUUGGUUGAGGAGAUUCUCUGAGGGGUAUUGCGAUUGUGAUAGUCUUCAAAAGAUACUGGAGAUGAUACCAGGGGUUAAGAGAAUGGUGAUGGGUCAUACAAUACAAAGCGAAGGGAUUAAUGGGGCUUGUGAGGAUCGAGCUAUAAGGAUUGAUGUUGGGAUUUCGAGGGGUUGUGGAAAUGGGUUGCCGGAGGUUUUGGAGAUUAGCAAUGGGAGGCAGUUGAGGAUUUUGACCGCAAAUCCUUUGUAUGAUGAGAGGAGGUAUAAGGGUUCGAGGGUGAGAGAGGAGAGAGAGGAGGGGCUUGGGAUGUUGGUGAGAGAGGGGAGAAUGAGAGAAGUUGAGACAAAAGCGUAGGAGAGUGAAAUUGUGUACAAUUGAAUGGGUAUUGAAUGGUUGAUUGGAUUAAUAAAAUUUGAUACUUAUUGGCUA